ACCGGCCACAUAUCAUCGGGCCUUCAUCAAGUGGGCAAGUGGAUCGCUCGACUUAUAUCACCCCGUGCAUAUAUAUAUAGUAGACUAGUAUACCUUGCCAGUGCCCAUCUUGACUACAGUCAAAAAACCCCUCUCAGUCUGCCAGAAACACAAAGCCACAAUCAUGUCGGUCAUCUCUACGCCUAUCACGCAGUUGUUCGGUAUCAACCAUCCUGUACUCCUCGCACGCCUUUGACAAUCCCUCUCGCCUGCCCUGUACUUAUUGUGUCUCUAUCCCCCUGACGUCGAUCUCGUUCUUUGUCGAUGAUACCACAGGGGUAUGAACGUUGCUGCAGGACCUGAGCUUGCAGCUGCAGUCUCCAAUGCUGGUGGUCUCGGAGUCAUCGGCGGUCUUCGAUACACACCUACACAGCUUCGUAACGUCAUCAAAGAGAUCAAGGAUGGCCUCAAGAGUCCCGAUCUUCCUUUUGGUGUCGACCUCUUAAUCCCAUCUCUCGGCGAGAAUGCCCGAAAGACCAACUACGACUACACUGGCGGUAAAUUGAACGAGCUUAUCGAUGUCAUCAUUGAAGAAAAGGCCAAGCUCUUUGUGUGCGCAGUCGGUGUCCCGCCGAAAGAGGUCGUUGAUAAGCUUCACAAGCAUGGCAUAUUUGUGAUGAACAUGGUUGGGUCUCCCAAGCACGUACCCAAGGCUUUGGCUCAAGGGGUAGACAUCAUCUGCGCCCAGGGCGGAGAGGGUGGUGGACACACAGGAAGGACAGCCUUCUCAAUCCUUAUACCAGCCUGUGUCGAUGCUUGCAAGGGCAAAAAGUCUCCUCUAACAGGUGGACCUGUGCAUGUCAUUGCUGCAGGUGGUAUCUUUGACGGCCGUGGUCUUGCCGCUGCUCUAAUGUAUGGUGCUCAAGCGGUUUGGGUCGGGACCAGAUUCGUAGCCAGCACGGAAGCUGGUGCACCCAAGAUCCAUAAGGAUCUCGUUGUGAGCGCCGAUCAUGGUGAUACGGAUACCACCUUGAUCUACACCGGUCGCCCUCUUCGAGUCCGUCAGACAGACUACGUAAAAAGCUGGGCCUCCAGGCAAGACGAGAUUGCUUCUCUGACGAAGGAGGGCAAAAUCCCACACGAUGUUGAGCUGGAGAAGCACCCGGAACUUAGUAUGAAAGGAAGGUCGUGGCUGAUGGGUGAUGUUUCUGCCAUGAUCAAGGAUGUCAAACCUGCUAAGGAAAUCGUGGACGAUAUCGUGAACGGCGCCAAGCAAUGCCUUGAGCAUGGCCAGAGCUUUAUUCCCGGUGGCUCUACCCGAGCCAAAUUGUGAUCUUCGUUCUCAUGUGCACUUCCGGGGAGCGUGAUCUUGCAGUAUCAUCUCCCUAUCUGUCAUCCGUGGCUUUUUGUCUGUACAUAUACCUGUUCUGCUGAAUGUAUCAAUGUGUCGUUC